AUGCUUUUGAUAACGAUUUGAUGCAUACAACCCUGAAAAAUAUCGUUGAGGGGAAGACAGUCGAGGUGCCAACGUACGACUUUGUGACCCAUUCUCGGCUGGCAGAGACGACGGUGGUCUAUCCUGCUGACGUUGUUCUCUUCGAGGGCAUCCUGGUGUUCUACAACCAGGACAUCAGGGACAUGUUCCACCUGCGGCUCUUCGUGGACACGGAUUCCGACGUCCGGCUGUCCCGCAGAGUUCUGCGAGAUAUGAAGCGUGGGAGGGACCUGGAGCAGAUCCUCACGCAGUACACCACCUUUGUCAAGCCUGCCUUUGAGGAGUUCUGCUUACCGACAAAGAAGUAUGCAGAUGUGAUCAUCCCCCGAGGAGUUGACAACAUGGUUGCCAUCAACCUCAUAGUGCAGCACAUUCAAGACAUCCUAAACGGAGACAUCUGCAAGUGGCAGCGGGGGGCUGUGAACGGGCACAGCCGCUCCUCCAAGCGGCCGUUC